AUGGCCGCCCCGGCAGGUCGCACUUUGUUUAAGAAGAAGGAUGGGAUCCUCACCUUGACCAGGGACUACCAAAUUGUCACAUGGACUCCAAAUAGUGGUGGGCCACCAACGAUUUCUUUACCAGUGUCUAACAUCACGAAUCUUCAGCAGACCCCAGAAACGGCUGCCAAGGUUAUGUUAAAAAUAUUUGAAAAGGCAGACAACGGAGGUGACCCUGCAACAUACCUUUUCCACUUCAAUACAUCAGAGGCAAAGGCCGAGGCAAAGGCCGUCAAAGAUGUCCUGUCCAAGAUUCUGGCCGACAUGAGGAGCAACGAUGCCGGCGUUCCUCGUCCAUGUCUCGGCACGCCUACGGCCGGAGGUGUCUCUACUCCUGCCGGCGCUGGCAGCGGGUCAGCGGCCAUGGCAUUUGCAACCGCAGUAAACUCCCAGGCGUCGUCAUCAGUGAGGUGGUUCGAUGACAAUCAGCUGAAGAAUGACAUAGAGCUGCAACAGUCGCUGAUGAAGAAAGAUAAAAGUCUUCACCAAACGUACGUUGAGGCCAUAACCACGAAACCAGAAUCGAUAUCUGGUGCCGCGUUUAACUCACAAUUUUGGUCUACGCGUACGAAUUUACUCAGAGCCCAUGCUAUUGAAAUAAAUCAGAAAAGGGGGGCUUAUAAUGUCCUGUCGACAGUCAAGCCACGCACCGUCGACGGAGAGCUCAAGCUCAACAUUAGCGUCGAGCAAGUUCAAAUGAUAUUUGCGCAGCAUCCACUAGUUAAACGCAUCUAUAACGAAAACGUCCCAAAGCUUUCAGAAGCUGAUUUUUGGUCCCGAUUUUUCCUUAGCCGUUUGUCAAAGAAGCUCAGAGGGGAGCGGAUAACCGACAGUGAUUCUCAAGAUCCCCUCUUCGACAAGUAUGAUGUCACUGAAAAUACCCAAGGCGUUCAAAGCAAAAUCAUGGCUCAAAGUGUCCCUCAUAUUAUCGAUCUAGAAGGGAACGAGGAAAACCAGGGAGGGAUCAGAAGUGGAAACGCCAAAGAUGCUGAGAUGAGGCCCAGGGCAAACAUACCUAUCGUGAAGACUUUGAACACUCUUAGCGAGAAGAUUAUGGCCAACGUCGCGCCGUUUGAUGUGUAUGAUGACAAUGGUGACAGGGAGCGGGAUGAGUUCAACGAGCUGGCACUUCGAGACUUGCGUGCCAGUACUGCCGAGCACCGCAUCAUGCUCAACGUGAAGGAGCAAAAUAGUUUUUUCCAAAAACAAGACUCCGCACCGUCAGAGAAUGCUCGUGUGUUUGCGACACAAAAACCAAAGGAGGUUUUGUCCAGGAUUCGGAAUACACUGCAAAAAUUCGAAGCAGAGUCUAGCGAAGGCGCCAGCUUGCGGGCUGCCAUUUCGUUCGAAGACGAAAGCGACAGUGACGAGGAGGGCCAGAAACAUAUGCAAGUCGGAUCCAGAGCUGCCAUCAAAGUUGCCGAAAAGGAGGUGAUGGAUGGCGUUCUUCAACAGCGGGCGCAAAAGUAUGGCCACAGCACGGACGCAACGUCUCCCAUGGGUCUUCCCCCUGCCAUCACAGAAAAAUGCACCCUCACGCACGCUACAACGCUCGAGUUUCUUCAUCAAUUCUGGACUGCGUUUCUCUCAGGGGACCCAGAUCGUGCAGCUGAGCUGCAAUAUCUAGCGGAAUCUCUGAAACUAUCAGCGGCCCGCAUUUCCGCUGUUGCGGAGGACGCUGACAAGGAACGAGAGAGCCUCAUCCGCCAGCGUAAACAAGAGAUUCGUAAUCAUUUUGAACGUACGGGGAAGAAAAUCAGAUGGAAAUCUGACAUGGUUGGCGGUGGGCGCGACGCCGUUCUCAAACUAUUGCAGCCGGUGCUCGAUGCUCUGGACAAGGCACGAGCUGAAUACUCGAGAGCUCUUGCAGCUGAGGGAAUUCAAGUAUCUACCGAGAGCUAA